UACUUCAACAUUUUCUGUUCGGCACAAAACAAAAUUCACAAUAAAAUGGUUUUUGGUGUGGAAUUUGGUGCCAUUGUCGGCUGUGUGCUGAUCUCAUGUGUCAUCAUACUCUUCUAUAUCUAUGCUCAUGUGUACAAGAGUUGGUCGCAGAUCAAUACGCUCUAUGAGGCGCCAGUGUUGCCACCGUUACACUCCCUCAAGCUGACACUCGGACAGCUCAAACGCUACAAUGGCACACGACAGGAUGGCAGGAUUCUGGUCGCUUUUAAAGGCAAAAUCUACGAUGUAUCGGCAGACUCCGAAUUCAUUGCCGGCGGCAGUCUCAACUUUGUGGCGGGAACCGACUUCAGUCGUUAUUUGAAUACAGAACUUCCGUUGGAGCCUCUGGAGCGCGCAGCAUUUGUGGAGCGCUGGCAGAAUCAAUUGGACACCAUUUAUGACUGUGUCGGCAGUCUGGUUGAUCGUCAGGGCAAUCCUUUGUUUAUGCGCAAGGAGAUAAACUGGCAAAACAGCGAAGCACUUGAAGACAUUAUGCAGGAUCAGAAGAUAUUCGAUUUUUGUCAGGAUAAGAUGGACACUAAGUCGGUUGAGGUUGGAAUGAAGGAUUCUGUGAAGAAUUCGCUGAGCAAUGAACAAUUUUUGAAGGAGUUUUUGAACGCAGAAACUGCCGCGCCAGUAAUGUCUUUGAAUAAUGCACCAAAUCAAAUUAUUGACUUGGAUUUGGAUUAAUAGAAAUAUAAAUAGAAUUGGAAAUAGUUUUUAAA